UACACAUUUUACGGAAUACAACAAACUGGUGAGCACGUUCAGUUAAAAAGAGUGCUCACUCCUGUAUUAAACAACAUAUAUUUAACAACAAAAGGACAUAUAUAUGUAAGAAAUAUAUAAGGACUUGGACUUAGACCUAAAGUCGGAGAUACAUUUUCUGAUACUCCCACCCUCUGAAACGACGUACGUUACUCUUUCUCGGCAACCCUGUACACUUAUUCGUACAACGGUUUCAGUAAAACCUCUUUCUCUCUUUAAAUCCAACGCGUGCUAAUACUCGACAGUUAACGAGCGAUACUGACGCGGGACAGGAGGUCGCACUUAAACAACUUACAGCCUGUCCUUUUAUUAAUUGUUGUGGUUUUUUCAAAAGUUUACUGGUUUUUUUUUAUUUUAUAUAUAUCUGUUUUGGUUUUGUUUGUUACAAAUCAAGAGCCAUGAGACUUACCGCCAUAUUUGUAUUUAUCUCCACGAUGUUAGCAACCGCGAUGGCAAUACCUUAUGACUACAAUUCAUUUUUCUCGGAUUUCGGUCCGUACUAUCGUGCCGUAACCCCAAUGAGAGAUCCAAGAUCUAAUACAGGACCCGUCGUAUUUCCACCAGGCCCACCGUCAGAGCGCAUAGAAUCAAGCGGCGUAAUAGUCGGAGCCAGUGGCUUUGGAUUCGUGCCACCAAACUCAGGUUUCUGGGCAUAUUACUUCUAAGAAAAGACUUCAGAACGCACAAUCAUCGAAGGUGAACUUACAUGAAAUCUAAAAUAAAGUAUAGUCGACUACCCGUUAUAAGCCAGGUCUAAGUGACGCAAGGAAAAAGGCUUAUAAGAGGCUGUCUGGUACAAAUUUCAGAAAAGAGACCAAGUGGGGGAGGGUUUGGACUCAGUAAACACUGAUUUAGGAAAAGAGGCUUAGGGCAGGCUUAUAGCGGGUAGUCGACUGUACAUAUUUUCCAUUGAAAUAAAUGAAAAGGAUAAUUCUGCUUCGUCAUCUUGGAUACUACUUUACACAUAUUAAGUAAGGCGUUUUAUCUCAGACGACGAGACACUGGUGUUUUCUUGUAAUAAUAAAUAUUAUGAAUUAUGAUAAAUCAAUUAAACCACUGCCACGGCAUUUUCAUUGCCCAUUAAAACAGUCAUGUGAUUAUUAAGCUAUCCCAUUAAAUAUGAUCCUUAGGAUACUUUAAUGACGCAAUGGACAGUUUUAUUCAAUAAUGAUUUAAAGAGCUAUAUCACAAUAUAUACAUAUAUAUAAUGUAUAUAUACAUAUAGAUUGAGUGACGGGAAAUUGUGCUAAAGUUAAUACAAGAAAUGUAUGACCUUCGAUGCUAUGAAGAGAAAUCAGUGCUGGUUAUGUUAAAUGCUCCAAUCAAUUUAUUCACUUGGAACUUUUAUCAUACCAUUAAAUUCAAUAAAUAUAUGUAUAUAUUUAUAUUUAUAUAUGUUUAUUUAUUUUUUUUACUGACAGAUACUGCGAUUAACUAAUGAUCUAAUCUCAUUAUCAUUGUCAGUCCAGACAUAAACUCUGUGAAGAAUAUGUUUUUUUUUUUUUUUUUUAAUUAUUAAUAAAUACAUAAAUAUAUUCAUAGUCAAUAUUCUGCAUGAGUUAGCAAAAUUAGGGAGUAUGAGUCAAUGAACUGGGUAUUUAAAAAUUAAUAUUAAAAAAAUGACGAUGGAUUUAUUUAUUGUUUUUUUUUAUAGUU